AUGUCACUCACUCAUUCAACGCCACGAGGUGCUCCUUCUCUCCCUCGCUCUUUCACUCUCUCACGACCACUCAACGCCAAUCACUCGCUCUCCCUCUCCAGCACGGUGCCCCCUCACUCCCUCUCACUCUCACUAUCUUUCAAGCUUCAAUCAACGCCACGAGGUGCUCCCAUUCCCACUCACUCCCUCCCUCUCUCUCAACUACUCAACGCCACGAGGAGGUUCUCCCUCUCUCCUCUCACUCAACGCCACGAAAUGCGCCCUUUUCUGCCGUUCCCCUCCCUCACGCUCUCUCAACAGUUUCACUUCGCGCUCAAGUCAGCUGGAUUGUCGUCAGUUGCUAUUAAGCACGAUGAGAAGGAUCAGCCUGCUUUUCCUGCGUUAGUCCUACCUACCCCACUUAUCUUUGCCCUUCCUAUCCCACCCCGCCUUUUAACUCCACUAGUAUCUCCCAUCCUCGCUCAUCUCAUCGGGUGUCAUCAAUGCCAUGUCUUUAAUACAUGUGCUGCUAUGUUGCAAUGUGUGAAGGUGGGCGAUUGCGUGUGGGAGCCACAUGCGGAGCCACGAGCACCGGUGGGUCUAGUCCAACAAGCAGGCCAGACGGGUCAAGAGGUGGCUUUUGAGUUGACUCAAAAGUCGCCACGAGCACCGGUUGGUCUAGUCCAAGCAGGCCAGACGGGUCAAGCAGAAAAUUCCGGCCAAGUGGGUCAAGCAGAGGGGCUUGGCCAAUCAGGGGUCUUUGGCCAAUCAGGGGGUAUUGGCCAACCAGAGUGUAUUGGCCAAUCAGAGGGUCUUGGCCAAUCAGGGGGUUCUGGCCAAUCAGAGGGUCUUGGCCAAUCAGGGGUCUUUGGCCAAUCAGGGGGUAUUGGCCAACCAGAGGGUAUUGGCCAAUCAGAGGGUCUUGGUCAAUCAGGGGGUUUUGGCCAAUCAGAGGGGCUUGGCCAAUCAGGGGUCUUUGGCCAAUCAGGGGGUAUUGGCCAACCAGAGUGUAUUGGCCAAUCAGAGGGUCUUGGCCAAUCAGGGGGUUCUGGCCAAUCAGAGGGUCUUGGCCAAUCAGGGGUCUUUGGCCAAUCAGGGGGUAUUGGCCAACCAGAGGGUAUUGGCCAAUCAGAUGGUCUUGGCCAAUCAGGGGAAGGAAGGACGAGGAGGCGGCUAAUGGAGGAGAGCGUGGGAGGAGGAAUGGGGCAGGGACGCAAAAUGCUGAUGGAGGGGAAAGGGGAGGAGGAGAGGAGGGAUGAGUGGAGGGAGGCGAGGAGGUUGGAAGAGGUGGAGGUGGAUGGGAGGGAGUGGAUACGUGGCAGUGUGGAGGAGAUCCACGUGGGAGAGCACCAAUCGAUGAAAUACGCCGUGCUCAUUCUGAUCUGCACUCUCAAGAGGGAAACGCUUUCAGGGGUGGGAGGCAGGGUGCACAUGGGCAUGGAGGGGGAGGACGUGGUGGUGUAUGAGGAGCAACCGGGGGAGGUGGUAACUGCCAUGACACAUGCCCCCUUCCUCUACAACAUCACGCACUGCUCUGCCCCCAUUCACGGCCAGGUCAUCUCGGAGCGCAUCUACCAGUGGAUGGAUCUUCACAUCCGCAUGGGGGUGGACCAUUUCUCCCUUACGUGCAACGUGCCUUCUUCUCGCUGUACAUGCAUCCGCAUGGGGGUGGACCACUUCUCCUUGUACGACGUGGGCGGGGUGGACCCGCAACUGCGAGCGCUGAUUAAGCCAUUACUGGAUGGAGGGAUAGCAGAGAUCACGGAUUUUCGCGACUUGGUUAACUACGAGUCCUGGUAUCACGGGCAGGUGAUGAUAGUGAACGAGUGUGUGCACCGCUUUCGCCGCCUCUCCAAGUGGAUCAUGUACCUUGACUUUGACGAGUUCAUGUUUAUUGCUGGCCAGGAGCGCAUGCCCACACCGCUCAGCGUGAAUCACUUCCUCAUGCCCUACGAGGGAAUGCCCUACGUCACUCACGGCAGCCUCUGGUGGGACUGGGAGCGCUGCCUACCCUCCCAAGGCCCUGAUGACCCCAGGUGGCCGCUGGAGCGCAUGCUGUGGCACGGGCCGGGGGUCUACUGUAAAGCCAGGGACAACCACACUAAGCCCAAUAUGUGCCUGGACCACUACGGCCACCGCAAGCUCUUUGUCGACCCCAGACGGGUAGACAACCGCACCAAGCCCACCAUAUGCCUGGUCCACUACGGCCACCGCAAGCUCUUUGUCGACCCCCGAUGGGUCACCCACACCAGCAGAGCCAGGGACAACCGUACCAAGCCCACCAUGCGCCUCGACCACUACGGCCACCGCAAGCUUUAG